AUGAACAUGCUCACCAUGUCUUCCCCAGUCGGCAUGCCGCUGGCUCCACCACAACCACAACUUAUACCAUGGAACGUCCAGCCUGGCCUCCCUGUCGCGGACAGGCCGGCAUCCGGAGGGGAUGCCACCGACAAGAUCGCCCCAAAGCCCUGCCUGACGUGUAGGAGACGACACGUCAGGUGCGACAAGCAACUCCCACGAUGUCACAGGUGCGUGCGGUUCGGGCGGGUGUGUCCCGGUUACGCACCAAGCACCCGUGGCAAGUCACAGAAUGGUUCAAGUAAACGCCCGCGGCUGGGAAGUUCGGUCUCGGACGGUGGCGUCUUGACCGUGCCGUUGACCGUCAAGACCGAGUUUGGUGAUUUGGGCAAGGUCGAUCCCGACUUGGAGUUACAUCGUUCGAGUACUGAUCUGAGCACCGCAUCAAUGUGGAGUAUUCUGGACAACCAAGUGAUGAGUGCGGAUUCACCUUCGAAUGCGUUCAGCGUUUGUUCUUCAAUGGGCGACGACGAAGAUUCUCAAUGGCUAUCGGUCCUACGCAAUGAGGAAACAACACCAUGUAGAUACUUUGUAUCCAUGGUCCCAUUCAGUCCACUGAUCCGUAACUUGUUUUUAUUGCUAGCAAGCUACCUUGGACCCAAGGCAAGCGAAUCAAAUUCACCGGGCGACGUAGAGCUUUUACGCCGCAAAUCAGAGGCUUUGGAAGGAUUCAUCCGGGGCAUCGACGAUGGCGACAAGUCAGACGUCAUGGUGGCCGCCACGGUCCUGCUAAUAUGGGUUGGCUUCCAUGAUGAGGAGCUCGGGGCUUUCUUCGGAAGUCAUCUGUUUGCCUUGAGGGAGCUGUUACGAGCCCGAGGCGUACCGAAUCGUUCGAUGGGCGAUGCAGCAAUACCUUGGCAUCCUCGGCCGCUUUCAAUAUUCCAAGAGUACUUUGAGGAGAUAUAUGUCGUACUCAGCACUUUGGGCACCACUCUGCUCCGGCAAAAGGAGGAUCUCACGCUUCUCUUCCCAGCGCCCGCGGUAGCAGCAAUAUGCGGACGGGCCGAAAGGAGGUCAUGGGUCGGCUGCCCAGGCGAGCUGCUACAGGUGCUCGCGGCGGUUAACAAGCUCUCUGCGGCCGCGCCGACCAAGCCCGCGUCCGCCAGCGCCGCGACCGGCCCACCCACGCCGCCGGCAUCCGACGAGUGGAUCGCGACGCUCUUCCAGCGGCUGGCCGAGUUCUCACCACGGGACUGGGCGAACCAAAGCGACAAGCAUCAUCACCAGCAGCAUCAGCAGCAGCAGCAGCAACAGCAGCAGCAACAGUGCACGCCGGCAAACAGCUGCUCGCCGGCGCCGUCCCCCAUCCUCGAAGACAUGGCGAGCAGCAACGACGACCGCUUCCACCUGGCGAGCGCCUACAAGGGCGCCAUAUACAUCUACGCGUGCCGCGCGCUCGGGAUCCGGUCGUGUCCGCAGCUCGACGGCUUCGUCAACGAGGUGGUCGGCCACCUGGAGCGCGUCUCGCCCGAGAGCCCGCGGUUCGGAAGCACAAUGUGGCCCGCCGUCAUCGCGGGCAUGGAGUCGGGAUCUACCUGGACCAGGGACGCCGUUCGCGGUCUCCUGCAGCGCCACCGGGCGACUGCCGGCCCCCAGUCCCUGCACCUGGGCAGGGCAGAAGCCCUGCUUGAAAGGUUGUGGGCUGAGUCCCAAGCUGGGCUUGGUCCCGUGUCGUGGUUAGAUUUUGUCUAUGAUUUUGAGCUUGAUUUGAUUGUCAUCUGA